AAGAGCACUGUCAUGUCAGACAAGAAGAGCACAAGACCCGAAGAGAAACCACAGCCCGAAACAUUUUACGCGGGCAGGGGGUCAAGGCAAAUCGGUAAGAGAGAAGAUCCAACGGAGCCACCAACACCGCUCCUACCCCCGACACCCGAAGAGAAAUUCCUGAAGAGACAAGCACCGCGAGAGCCAAAGCCUGCCCCCAAGAACGAUGAUGAGCAACCAGCGUCAACGCUGACACGGCCGCGAGUCGGCUCCAGCCGAGUGGGCAGCUCCGUGCUGAUAGGGGCCCCCGAUGAACUGCUCGAGGCAUACGAGCAGGCGGUGCUGGAGGCCGAGGCCGAGGAGGAGAGCCAGCAGAGCGAGAACGAGCGUCGGAAGCUCAGUCCACUCUCGACGCUCGAAGCCGUGCGUGACGGCCUCCUAUUCAUAUUCGGCAAAUUCCUAAGACUCGUACGGCGCCUCGACAUGCAUGGAGGCGGAACCGGGAACAACAUCAACUUUGUGGAGGGGCUCAUCGACUUCCUGGCGGGCUCUUUGGGCGGGGCCGCACAGGUGUACGUCUCGCAGCCGCUGGACACUGUCAAGGUGAAGCUGCAGACCUUCCCGGAGGCCUACAAAGGAUUGUUCGACUGUUUCGUGAGCACGUAUCGAACGGAUGGUAUAUUCCGGGGCCUCUAUGCGGGCUCCCUGCCCGCCGUGGUGGCCAAUGUGGCCGAGAAUUCGGUUCUCUUUGCCGCCUACGGAGGAUGCCAGAAGUUUGUCGCUUUCAUGGUCAAUAAGGAGACAACCAGCCAGCUGACGACCACCCAAAAUGCCUGUGCCGGCUCCCUGGCCGCCUGCUUCUCCACCCUCACCCUCUGCCCCACGGAGCUGAUCAAAUGCAAGCUCCAGGCCCUGCGCGAAAUGAAGCACUAUAUUGAGCCCAGUCAUCCGCAGGAUAUGCGUACGCCCUGGUCCCUCACGCGGUACAUCUGGCGCACGGAAGCAAUCAAGCAAUUCCUCUCCAUAAUUCAGAAUUCACUUCCGAUGUUCCUGGGAGCCUGCAACAUCUCGCCCAGCGCCUCGACGCCAACCAAUCCGCAGAGCAACCAGAACCAGAACGAUGUGGACGUGGAUGCGGGCAGCACACCCCAACCGCAGCAUCCCGACUCCGAUGGCUUCUCUUCGUCGCACCAUCGCACGCCGCCCUCGCCGCCGCCCAUCUCUCCGGGCGGUGCAGGAGCAGGACCAGCACGAGCAACGCCAGCGGCACAACCUCUCGCGUCACAAUCAAAUGUCCAGCGACGAGGAGAACAGCAUCAUGCCGCAGAACAGCAGCGCGGGCCAGGAUAUGCGCAUGAAGUUCCCCCAGUCGUAGAUCGAUCUCAUGUACUCCAAGUACGAGAGUAUGGCGAGCAACCUGAAGUACAACAGCCAGGAGCUCGACUCGCCGGCGGAGUAUCGCCAGAGCAGCAACAGCAAUGCGGCGAGUGCGGCGGCGGCUGCUGCCGUGGCGGCGAGUGCGGCCAACGAUCUGUCCGAUCUGCAGGGCCUGGACAUGAGCUCGAGAUCGAAUGCGUCGAGCAACUAUCACCACAACAUCCAGCUGCCAAGCAGUCGCUACCAUCACAUCUACGACAUUCUGUCGGACAGGGAGCAGAGCCAGCAGGCGCAGGCCCAGGCCCAGGCGCAGGCACAGCAGGCAAAGGGUGCAUCGGUGGUGCACCAGCAGGAGCACGGACACGGCAGCCAGCUGGCCAUGCAGCAACACCAGUCGGCGGCGGCCAUGCACAACAUGCUGAGCGAGCAGCUGGGCGAGCAGGAGCACGACCAGACCACCUCCGUGGACCUGAGCCGCACGGCCAACUAUGUGGUGUCGUCGCCGCCACAGCUGCCCUACAACCAUCCGCAUCACGACAUGCUGCGAAUGGCCUCGCUGGACCUCACACCGAACACGGCCAACAUGGCCGUGGGCAACAAUCGGUCGUUCCUCUCCUCGCAGAUGCAGCACCAGAGCCGCGACAGUCUCGAGCAUCACCGCCUGCUCUCUACGGUGGAGCAGCACCGAAUUCUGGCCGCCUCAAAUGCCGCCGACCAGCACCGCCUGCUGGUCGACCCCACCGCCCAUCUGCUGAUGGAACAGAACAAUCGCCUGCUGGGCACAGCAGACCAGUCCCGCCUCCUGGGCGAGUCGGCGGCGGCAGUGGCCCAGAAUCGGCACAUGGCCCGCAGCUUUGGGGCCUACCACCAGGUGGCAUCGAGCAACUACCAUCCGGGCGUACGACCGCCGCCUGUGCUGCCGUCGGCCAAUCAUCAUGCCUCGAAUCCGUCUAUCACCCGUUCCCCGCCUACUACUAGAGGCGUGAGGGAGGGGACGGGUAGACUAUGACUAUAUCCUGGGGCCGUGACAAGAGUGCAAUACCUAGAAGGGAUCUGAAGGAGCGGAAGCGGGAGUGGGAGUGGGAGCUCCAUUUCACGUAGUUCAAUUUGAAGCGCAACAAUAACUUUAGUUCCUCCAUAUAUUCCAUAUUCUCCUCCGAAGAUCUCCAUGCCCAUCAUCCGUUCGAGCUCCGAUUUCAAAGCGUGCCAAUCUUUUUAAGUGUUUAGAUCUGUUUAGAAUUGUGUGUGUUUCCCAAAUCUGAUUUUAACACACACACAAAACACACAC